UCUGGCUACUCCUGUAACUCUUCCCAAACCCUCGACCGACUACGUUUCCAAGCAUGGCGGACGCGAAUACCUCCCUUGCACAGGACACUGCCAACCUGCACCUUGACGAGGUCACGGGGGAACGAGUCUCCAAGUCUGAACUGAAGAAGAGACAGAAGCAGAGACAAGCAGAAGAAAAGAAGAAGGAAAGGGCAGCAGCUGCACCUCCCAAGCCGGAGAAGAAGGCUGCCAGCGCAGAAAUGGACGAAAGCAACCUGAACCCAAAUCAAUAUUUCGAGAUCCGAAGCGGACGAGUCAAUCGAAUGCGAGAGACCAAGAACCCCAACCCAUACCCACACAAGUUCCAGGUCAACACCGACGUACGCAAGUUUGUCGAAGAGUAUGGCGGUUUCAAGCCCGGCGAGCAAAAGAAGGACGUCGAGAUCCGCGUCGCAGGCCGAGUCUACACCAAGCGGGCGUCUGGCUCGAAGCUAGUCUUCUACGACAUCAGAGGUGGCGGCACAAAGGUCCAGAUCAUGUGUCAAGCACAAGAAGUCAAGGGCGAGGUCAGCUUUGAGGCCCAACAUGAACACCUCCGUCGCGGCGACAUCAUCGGCAUCGUGGGCUACCCAGGUCGAACGGCACCCAAGAACCGACCCAAUGAAGGCGAGCUCUCUGUCUUCGCACACGAAGUCAUCCUCCUCACACCAUGUCUGCACCAAAUCCCGUCCGAACACUUCGGUCUGCAGGACGUCGAAACCCGCUUCCGCCAACGCUACCUCGACUUGAUCAUCAAUGACCGCUCACGCAAGAUCCUCCUCACCAGAGCCAAGAUUGUCUCCUACAUUCGAAAUUACUUCGAUUCCAACGGCUUCAUCGAGGUCGAGACGCCCAUGAUGAACUCGAUCGCGGGCGGCGCCACGGCCAAGCCCUUUAUCACACAUAUCAACGAAUACGACACAGACAUGUUCAUGCGUAUUGCACCCGAAUUGUACCUUAAGAUGCUCGUCGUCGGCGGCAUCGAGCGAGUGUACGAACUGGGCAAGCAGUUCCGUAACGAAGGUGCCGACCUGACUCAUAACCCUGAAUUCACCACUUGCGAAUUCUACGAGGCUUACGCCGACGUCUACGACGUGAUGGACCGCACUGAGGAGCUGGUGUCCGGCCUUGUCAAGGAAGUCACUGGUGGACACAAGACGACUUUCCAUACCCAGACUGGAGAGACUUACGACGUCGACUGGUCUCGCCCCUGGAAGCGAGUCGACAUGAUCCCCGCCCUGGAGGAAGCCACAGGCGAGAAGUUUCCUCCUGGCGACCAAUUGCACACAACAGAAACCAACGAGUUCUUCAAACGGCUUUUGAAGAAGUGCAACGUGGUGUGCUCUCCUCCCGAGACAAACGCGCGCAUGCUCGACAAGCUGGUCGGCGAGUUCAUCGAGGAAAAGUGUAUCAACCCGACUUUCAUCACGGGCCAUCCGCAAAUGAUGUCCCCACUGGCCAAGUAUCAUCGCUCACAGCCGGGCAUUUGCGAGCGUUUCGAGGCCUUUGUGUGCAAGAAGGAGAUAGUGAAUGCGUACACCGAGUUGAACGACCCCUUCGACCAGCGUUUGCGAUUCGAGGAACAAGCGCGCCAAAAGGCGCAGGGUGACGACGAGGCGCAGAUGGUGGACGAGAAUUUCUGCACCUCAUUGGAGUUCGGCUUGCCGCCCACAGGAGGCUGGGGUAUGGGCAUUGAUCGGAUAGUCAUGUUUUUGACGGACAACUACACGAUCCGCGAGGUUCUCGCGUUCCCUUUUAUGAAGGAGGAGAAGAACCCUGGAAAGGAGAAGCACUUGGCUGCGGAGGUCGUCGGCAUUGAGCCUAUGCCUGAAGAGGACGUGAGCGUGGCACAUUGAUCGGACCAGUGUGUGAAACGAUUCCGAGUACUUGCGGAGAUGACAAGGGAAGACUGAUAUUCCCUGAUGACCGAAAGCAGGGAACUAGGCAAUGAAACGGUGUCCAAGAAAGAAGAGGCAACUGGCGCAACGAGUAGAUGAGACAAGACAUGUGCAUGAAAACGGUACCGGGGCUGUCGGUGCAUGAUUGAGGCUGCCCAUGAUGGUUACAGCUGCGACGAAUAUCGAUCGAAAGCGAGUGAAAGAGAUAGAGAGCUAAAUUAGAAGGCCAGGCCUCAUCAAGAAAGCAAAAUAGCGGAUGCGCAUCGCGCCUUCAGAAGAGUUGAGUUGGGCCUACCGGCCCGGUCAAACCGUGCCACGGACUCGAGGUCUGACCUGUUUUAUACAGUUGCUCGCCCCAUGUGCGUCUAUACAAG